UUUAUGUUGAUACAUGUUGUAUGGAAGUUUGCUGCUUCUUUUUUGUUUUUUACUUCUUACUGAUGUUGUUUGAUUAAUUUCGUAUCUCGGGAACUUUAUUUUUCAUGUUCUGAAUCAAGAAAUGUAAUUAUAAAUCACUGUGAAAACAUCAUAGUAAUAAUUUGUUUCAAGUCAGCUGAGGUGGUUCUUAGGUUUGCGGAAGACAAAAUCCACUGUCUUUAAAGUGAAUAAAAUCUUAAAAUCAUCAAUCGUUGUGAUGUUUGAGGUAUAAUGUAUGUUUGAAAUACAGGUCUAUAGUUUUGUGGGUGAUUGAUUUUGACUUGGUUAAAGCUUCAGUUAUAAAAUGGUGAUGAGGACAAGCUGUAAUGGCAGAGCAGAUUUCUGCAUAAAUGUAAAUAUAUCACGCAUUAUAUAUUUUGGCAGUGACUGUAACAAUAUACGGUAAAAAAAUAUUUUCUGAAUUGCCUGUAGUCUGUGGUCACAGCAAAAAUAGAGGAAAUUUUCUGAUGGCCAAGAAAUUAUUGUCUCUAAUACAAAGCACAAGUGUCCUUCUCCCUCUCUCUCCCUCUUAACUCUCUUCCGCUUGGCUUGAUGGUUUGAAGAGAAUUGUCCUCGUUACAAAUGAUGUUAAGCGGCUACAAAUCAUUGAUCUGACCACAAAUUUCCUGUUGGGACAUUUUUUGAUCCAUGAAUCAAUAAAUUGAACCACAGUGGAUUCCCUUGCUUCCUUUGGCAGUAUUGUCUUUAUUUCCUGCAAGUAUCACACAUUUUAAGCAUGAGAUGAAGCUAGGAAAGGAAAGAAAGCUAUGCUUGACAGUGAUUGAUCAUCCACAAAAUGUCCCUAAUUGCUCUGGUGCAGGUGGAAACAUGUCAACCGUGAGACUUCCCACAACAUGCAUGAUCAGAAGUGCACCACCGAGAAAAGUUGCAAGCCCAAGCAAGUCGUGUGCAUUGAUCAAGAGCCCCGGUGCUUUGGGUUCUGUAAGGAAUGUAUCUAAAGCAUUUGGCUUGAAGUCUUCCUCCUUCAAAGUAUCUGCAAUGGCAGUUUACAAAGUGAAACUAAUUGCACCAGAUGGAUGCGAGCACGAAUUUGAUGCCCCUGGUGAUACUUACAUCCUUGACUCAGCUGAAAAUGCAGGAGUGGAGCUCCCAUACUCAUGCAGAGCCGGAGCCUGCUCUACUUGUGCUGGUAUGUUGGUUUCAGGGUCCGUAGACCAAUCAGAUGGUUCAUUCCUUGAUGAGAAACAGAUGGAGAAGGGAUACGUCCUUACCUGUGUCUCAUAUCCAACUUCGGACUGUGUGAUUCACACACACAAGGAGGAAGAUCUGUAUUGAGCAGCAUAACUAGCAUGCUGGUUGCGCUUGUGCUGCUGUCUCAAUAAUGCAGGAACCUGCAUUUAUAGUAGGCUGGUAGGGCACUUGAUUAUCAGACAUUCCUAUAACCUGGUUUAACGUUUGUGUUGUUAAUUUUCGAACAGCCUUCAGUCUCCAGUACCUUGAAAUCUUUCAUUUCAGUGAUCAACUUGUACUUCAUGUGAA